AUGUCGAAAUUGGAAAUCACCAUCCCAGAUUUAAAACUCCCGGACGGUAACAAGAUACCAUUUAUUGGUUAUGGGACAGGCACGGCGUGGUACAAGGCAGAUGCCAACUCACCAAAAGACCAGAAGCUGAUCGACGCGGCCAAGGUAGCCAUCAGCACCGGAUACACUCACCUAGACGGCGCCGAGAUCUACAACACGGAAGAAGAGCUCGGCCAAGCGAUCAAGGAAAGCGGGGUGGCGCGGGAGAAGCUGUUCGUGACAAGCAAAGUCAUCGCCAACAUUGAAGACAUCCCCGGGGCCAUCGACACGAGUCUGAAAAAGCUCGGCCUGGACUAUGUCGACCUGUACCUAAUCCACGAGCCGUUCUGGGCCAAGGGCGAUGAGAGGGCACUUCAGCAGAAAUGGGCGCAGAUGGAAGAAGUUGCGGCCAGCGGCAAAGCGAAAAGCAUCGGGGUCAGCAACUACCUCCAACCACACCUGGAUGCCAUCUUGAAGACAGCCAAAGUGCGGCCUGCAAUCAACCAGAUCGAGUUCCACCCAUAUCUCCAGCACGGAGACCUGCUCGCGUACCACCGCAUCAAAGACAUCAAAGUCUCGGCGUACGGGCCUCUCCUGCCCAUGACCCAGGGAGCUGGCGGGCCUCUUGAUCCGCUGCUUGAGUCUCUGGCGAAGAAGUACGCCGUCAGUCGGGGAGAGAUUCUGUUGCGGUGGGUGAUUGAGCAGGACGUCGUGGCCGUCACGACCAGCUCCAAGGAGCAGAGGCUGAGCGACUAUCUACGAGUGUUUACGUUCAAGAUGACGCCGAAGGAGGUCGAGGAGAUUUCGGAGGUGGGCCGGUCUCAUCAUUUCAGGGGGAAUUGGAACCGUAUGUUUGAGAAGGGCGAUAGAUCGUGA